ACGGAGAUAAUUAGAUGUUAAUAACUGAUUAUGAUAGGAAGUUUCAUUUUGUGGGAUAAAAGUUAAGGAAAUACAUCUUUUGUAGCUCUUCAGUGCCCUGGAAAUAUCACUGCUGUUAAGCUUGAGCUUUUGUAAGAAUGUCGUUUUUCAAGUCCAUCAGACAAAAAAUGUGUCGAUGGCGACAAAAGUACAAGAAACAUCUGAUAGUCAUCCUUGGGAUAUACUGUGUGUACUACAUCCAUACUAUUUAUAACCGGGAAGUGGAGUACAUCUUUGUAAACGAAAACACCGAGAAGAAAUGUGAAUUACCUAAUUUAGACGCUCAUGACAAUUCCGUCAUGAAGUUUUUUCAUCGUUUAAAUCCUAUUCAGUGCGAUAAAUCGACGGAUCUUGUGUUUGUUGAUUCAUUAGGUUAUUUGCAAGUGAACAAUACUGCUGUGUAUGAAGCUGGACACGCAUUUGUGUCUUGCAGUUACUCAGUUAUAAACCGCAAAGGCGAUUAUAAUGUAGAAAAGGAACCGGAAGUGCGGUUUUUAAAGCCUGUGUAUGUUCAUGCUGAUUUUUUCCUCGUAAAGUGUAAAACUGAUAAAAAUGCGAUAGCAUAUGAAAAAUUACAUCACAGUAUUGAUUACAAAUCCAGAAGGCGGCAGUUUAAUUUUCUAAACGAAUCGAAUGAACAAUUAAAUGUAUACAUUUUUGGAUUAGAUUCACUUUCUAGAUUAGCUGCAGAAAGAACAAUUCCACAAACUCUUCGAUAUGUUGAGCAAAAUCUAGGAGGGUACAUCAUGAAAGGGCAAACAAAAGUUGGAGUGAAUACUUUCCCAAACUUGGUUAGCCUUCUUACAGGGAAAGUGUGUUAUUCAAAAGAAUUGCCCUCAUAUGAAGAAAUAUUAGAUCCUUUUCCGUUUAUAUGGAAAAAUUUUAGUGCUUCAGGUUAUGCUACCCUCCUCGCCGAAGAUUCUCCUGGAAUGGGUUCAUUUACUUACUGGAAGGGGUUCAAAGAGCAGCCUUGCCUACACUACAUGAGACCAUAUUAUCUUGCUAUGAAAAAAUUUGGCUUGCCCGAUGUUAAUAGUGGUUUAUUGGAGUGGGAAAAUAGCAAUAUACGUUUUCUGCAUAGAUCAGCUUUGUGUAUAGGAAAUACACCGAAGCAUAAAAUUUUAAUGAAUUAUUACAGACAAUUCAUAGAAAUGUAUGGUAAUACAAGAAAAUUUGCAUUGAGUUGGCUAACUGAUCUAACUCACGAAUAUGAUAAUAUAGUUCAGCUGGCUGAUAAUGAUUUCAAGUUAUUCUUUAAAUGGAUGAAGGAAUCAGGAAAAUUGUCCAAUUCCACACUUAUACUGAUGAGUGAUCAUGGUAUAAUGCAAAAUAAAAUAAAAAACACAAUCGCUGGAAGGACAGAAAAUCGUAUGCCUUUAUUUGCCAUUGUUAUACCACCACACAUAAAAUCAAAGUACCCUCAUCUUCACAGAAACCUCAAGACAAAUACUAAGCGAUUGACAACUGUAUUUGAUGCUCACGAAACAUUAGUAGACAUCUUAGAAAGUAACUUUGAGCGCAGUAAAGAGUCCGUGGAGAAACUAAAAAAGCUUCCCCGGGGCAUAAGCCUGUUUACGGAAAUCCCAGAAAGACGAUCCUGCAAUGAUGCAGAAAUUCCAGGAGACUACUGUGUGUGUAAUUCCUACGAACCAAUAAACAACGAUGACAAAAUUUCAAAAGAAUUAGCAGAGUUUUUGGUUUCUUAUAUUAACAAAGAUUUGACUAAACAUAAGAAAAAAUGUGCCAAACUCAAACUUUCAAAGAUAAAAGACACGUAUUUGGUAAAAUCCAAUUUACAGCGCCGUGAAGAGAGGGAGGAAUUUUCUAUACGAAAUUUAUUUUUUCAACCCGAUCUGGGAGGAAAAACCUACCUCAGUGUGAUUGAGACUGUACCUGGAUACGCACUAUUUGAGGCAACAAUUAGAUCACAUGACUCAUUUGACGUCAUUGGAAGAGUAAACCGAGCUAACAAAUAUGGCAACCAAUCGUCAUGUAUUCACGAUAAACUCGCCGAACCUUUCUGUUAUUGCAAUAAAGCAUCAAGAACAGGCUUGAUUUAAGAGUUCAGUAGAAACUAGUGUCACUAAAGAAAUUUGGAUUUUAAGGAACCAUGGAAGUUUUAUGGUUCUAAAAUUUACGACUUGGUUGAAUAUGUUAAUUUUAAAGGAAAAGAGUAUUUUUCCAAUA